AUGGCGGAUGCUGAAGAAGUUAGGCCAAUUCAAUUGCUGGAUUUGCCGGUUGAGAUACUGGAGAUGGUCAUGACCCACUUGGACUUGCAUCGUCAUAAAUUGAUGCGCGAAGUGUCCGAGCAACUGAAACAGAUCAGCACUGCAUACAUACUGCACCGGCACAGGAGCCACGAGGUAGCCCAUCGGGAACGUCCUGCGGAGAGUGUCCGAAGGCGGGAUGAGAGGAUCAAGCUGCAGAUCAUGCGGUCAACUUGCUGUUAUUUCAUCGACGAGGAUACCGAGUCGGACUUCGCUCUCUGCCUGCUGUACUUUCAUGAUAAGCAGUUCGAGUAUUCCCUCAAAGCAAAUCAUCUGAGCCAAUUUGUGGUGCAUUUCCUGCGCCGCAAGGAGCAGCCUUUCAAUGUAUUCGAUGUUGAAUGGAGGAAUCGACUUAAGGUUAGACGAUUCCAUUAUGCAAUGACGGUUUUGGGUCUGGUGCGGCAAUUCGAAAACGUGAAAAUUCUUAACAGUACUUGGGGUUUCUUAGCCCAGAACCUGGAGGUUGAACUGCCCAACACCUUCAUCGGGGUCAUUGACGAGGUCUGCUUCUACAAUGCCGCAGAGGCCAACAGACGCAUCUCAUUUUUGGCCGUGCUGGCCGAGCUGCUCUUCUAUGAGAAAACCAAAACAAGCUAUACCGGCCAGAAGAAUUUUGAGGGAACCACCUACACCUACAUUAUUCAACCAAAUUCGACAUCUAAACGCAGUCCUCGGACGGUACUGAAGUUUAGUGUAGAUGGUCCUGAGUCAUUAUUUUACUUUAUGCGCAAUUUCAUCACCGGAGACAAUGAUCCCAACACAUGGAUUCACUUGCCCCCAAAAACGGACUAUGGCAUUCGCAUUGAGGUGAAGUCCUUUCAAGGACCCCAAUUUGUGUAUUUUGGGGACCUGAACAUUAACGUACUGAAAUCGAGUGAACUAAAUGACUUUUAUGAAAGUGAUCCAAUAAAUGGGUUCAUUCGAAAUUAA